AUGCAGUUUCCUUGGAAGAGAGCAAGAAUACAAAUGGAAGAAGAUGACUAUGACGAUGGUGAUGGGUCAUAUGGAGAAGAAGAAGAUGACGAAAAGCCUCCUGAAAUGGGUGUUGAUAGAAUCAGUUACUUGCCAAAAGAAGUUCUUUGCCAUAUCCUUUCCUUCCUACCAACAAAACUUACAGUAAGAACAAGCAUUUUAUCUAAAAAUUGGAGAUAUCUAUGGGAUUCUGUUUCUGCUCUUGACUUUGAUGAUACAUUGUUGUUCAAUCCUAACAAAGGUGGUUUUCAUGGAAUAGGAGGUGUUAACUUCAUUAACUUUGUGGAUAGAGUAUUGAUUAGAAAUAGCGAAUCGCCUACGCAUAUGUUUGGUCUUUGUUGCAGUAGGCGUCAUAGUUUUCAUCUUAAUGCUUGGAUUAACAAUGCGAUAAAACGUAAACUUCGAGUUCUUAGUCUCUCCUUGGAUAAGGUGAAAGACUACACUCUUGCUAUUGCUCCUUUUGCUAGUGAAAUUUUGGUGGUUUUGAAUCUUGGAAGAAAUUUUGAACUAGAUAUUUCUGGAUCAUUUCUUUUCCUAAUUGCUUAUCGUAAGAAUGUUAUGAUGAUGGUUAUGAUAGCAGUGAUGAAGAACUAUGAGAUUGUCGUUGAUGCUCCUAAACUUGAAGUUCUGAGAUACAAGGGUUAUGUGGCAAGUGGAUGUUCUUUCGAGAACUGCAUUUCUGUUGCCAGGGCAGUCAUUGAUAUUUCGGACAAUGGCUGCGGUGUAAACACUUCAGGUUUGCAUGUAUUUAGUAAUUUAACUCAACUGAAGCUUGGGUGUAAUGAAUAUUGUGGUCAAUUGCUGCCAAAGUUGCUUGAGAAGUCACCUAAUUUAGAAGUACUUAUCCUUGGCAAGGAUAAUGCAAAACUGAAUACCAGGGACCUUGUGAAAAUUCACAUGGGAGCCACCGCAGUACGUUCCUGA